UGCACAGUAACAUUGGAGUACUGAGUCGGCCGUGGCUGAUAGUGAAACCAGGCGGAAAUCGAUCACACACCUCCCAGACAGCCUCCAACUGAUGCCCGAUCAUCUACAGAACGAGUUUAUGCAUUCAGCCGCACUCCAUACUUGAAGAAAACGCUGUUUUUGUUACUGUACCAGCAUGAAUUCAGCCGGACUGUCAUGUGAAACCGAGCGGCCGCGUCACCGUCCUUUCCUGAUAGGGGUAAGCGGAGGAACAGCCAGUGGAAAGUCCACAGUGUGUGCAAAAAUCAUGGAGCUGUUGGGACAGAACAAGGUGGAUCAUCACCAGAGGAAGGUCACUAUCGUCAGCCAGGACAGUUUCUACCGGGUUCUCACUCCAGAACAGAAAUCCAAAGCUUUAAAAGGCCAGUACAACUUCGACCAUCCAGAUGCAUUUGAUACAGAGUUAAUGUGUCAGACGCUGAAGGAUAUCGUAGAAGGAAAGGCGGUGGAGGUUCCUACAUAUGACUUCGUCACCCAUUCCAGGCUGCCGGAGAAGAUAUGUGUGUAUCCCGCUGAUGUGGUGCUGUUCGAGGGGAUUCUGGUGUUCUACACACAGGAAGUCAGAGACAUGUUCCACAUGAAAUUGUUUGUGGACACAGACUCAGAUGUUCGUCUGUCUCGCAGAGUUCUGCGCGACAUGAGAAGAGGUCGAGAUCUGGAGCAGAUCCUUACGCAGUACACCACGUUUGUUAAACCAGCUUUUGAAGAGUUCUGCCUUCCGACCAAGAAAUAUGCAGAUGUCAUAAUACCGCGCGGAGUUGAUAACAUGGUGGCCAUCAACCUGAUUGUGCAGCAUAUUCAGGACAUCCUCAACGGGGAUAUCUGCAAAUGGCAGAGGGGUUCUGUCAAUGGACACGCACAUGGGCGGUGUCUAAAGAGGGGCGUGGCCGAACAAAGUGAGAACUCUAGCGGAGGCGGGAUUGUGCCAGGGAAACGCCCCCUACUGGAGCCCAGCACACGACCACAUUAAUACACACACACACUUAAGAGAGUCAUACGAUCAAAAAUCUGAAAGCUUGAAUUUUUCUGCAUGCUUCCAACACACUCUCUGUCAGGCUCACUUUUCAUAGAAUUUAAAGGAAUAUUUUUCAUUUUCUUUUUUUCUUUAAUUUUUCUUUAAGAAUGCCUUCUGCUUUUUAUCUUAUCCAGCGUGACCUUUAACCUGUAGUCACAUCUUCCUCAAAGAGGAACUGUGCUGUAUAUAUAAAAUAGUCCUACAU